CUCAGCCUCGUCCAUGACAAUUAUUUUGCACCACAAUUGCCAACAGCGUUAUCCUGUUUUUCUUUAUACCCGCCACAAGUUAGGAAGGAAUACUCAUAUAUAGUAUCUUCAAUUUUCACCGAGUUCAAUAUAACCUUUGUCAACACCGAGUUCAAUCAUAGACGGUUGAUACGGUCUAGAGGGGAAGAAGCUGUUAAGGGUCUGCCUGAUUUCCGGUUCGAAGCCAUACCCGAUGGGCUACCACCUUCCAAUUCCGAUUCGACUCAGUACGUUCCAGCAAUAUGCGAUUCCACACGAAAAAAUUGUUUGGCUCCAUUCUUGGAGCUACUAUCUAAGCUUAAUUCCUCACCCCAACUGCCCCCUGUUACUUGCAUAGUUUGUGAUGGAAUCAUGAACUGUGGUACCAAGGCAGCUCAACUCAUUGGGGUGCCUUAUGUUCAACUCUGGACUUCUUCAACCGUUAGCUUUCUGGGAUUUCUGCACUACAAAGAACUAGCUCAAAGAGGCAUUAUUCCAUUCAAAGAUGAAGGCUUUGUUAGCGAUGGGACACUUGAGAUGCCCAUUGAUUGGAUCCCUGGUAUGCCUAACAUGCGCCUCAAGGACCUUCCAAGCUUUAUAAGAACCACCGAUCCCGACGACAUCAUGUGGAAUUAUGCCAUGGAAGUAUCACAAGAAUGCUUAAAAUCUUCUUCAAUAAUCUUUAACACAUUCGAUGAGUUCGAGAAAGAAGUGCUACAAGUAAUUGCUUCCAAGUCCCCUAAUAUUUAUGCAAUUGGUCCACUCACCUCCCUAACUAGGAACCUACUUGAAAUCCAACAUAACUCACUAAAUUCAAGCCUAUGGAAGGAUAAUACGAGUUGCAUCGAAUGGCUUAACACAAUGAAACCCAAGUCAGUGGUGUAUGUGAAUUAUGGGAGUGUAGCAGUGAUGUCGAACCAUCAUUUGGAAGAAUUUGCUUGGGGACUUGCAAAUAGUAAAUACCCAUUUUUAUGGGUAGUUAGGCCUGACGUUGUGAUGGGAGAAUCGGCUGUUUUUCCAAGAGAAUUCAUGGAGGCAAUAAAAGGAAGGGGCCUCAUAACAAGCUGGUGUCCCCAACAAGUUUUGUCCCACCCAACGGUUGGCAUUUUCUUGACACAUUGCGGAUGGAAUUCUCUGUUGGAAGCUGUAUCCGAAGGUGUGCCUUUAAUUUAUUGGCCUUUCUUUGGUGAUCAACAAAUGAAUUGUCGAUAUUCGUGCACCACAUGGGGCAAUGGAAUGGAAAUCAACCCUGACGUAAAGCGUAAGGAUGUGGAGGCUCUUGUUAAAGAGAUAAUGGAAGGAGAUAAUGGGCAAAGGAUAAGGCAAAAGGCAUUGGAAUGGAAGAGAAAAGCUAAAUCUGCCAUUAGUGUUGGAGGAUCUUCUGUUACCAACUUUGAUAGAAUGAUCAAGGAGGCCUUACGUCAAGGUUGAACAUUAAAAUCAGAAAAAUUGUUGUGUUGAAUGUUGUGUAUGUACUUUUUUUAAUUUUUAUAAUACACUAUUAAUAAAUUGGUUAAUAUUGUGUA